AUGAUUGUAAAGGGAAAAUAUACACUAAUUUAUAAUAUUUUAUGUUGUAUAUUAUGGGCAUUUACUUUAUUUACUUCCUUACAAUAUGUUUUUAAUAAAGAGAAAUAUCAUAUAGAAAAUUUUUGGAGAAAUUCAAGAAAAUUAAUUACAAUUACGCAGUCAUUAGCUAUUUUUGAGAUUUUCUUUUCAAUUAUUAAUGUGAUAAAAUCAGUAACAAGUAUUGUAGCAAUUCAAGUAUUUAGUAGAUUAUUUAUUGUCUAUUUAAUUUUUAAUUAUUUACCUAAUAAUAAUAAAUGGAUAUUCUCCUGUUUAAUUGCUUGGUCGAUUAUUGAUAUAAUUCGUUAUUUAUUUUAUUCUUUCAACAUAUUGAAUAUUCGUAUUAAUUUUUUAGCAGCACUAAGAAAUAAACUUCCAUUGAUAUUAUACCCAAUAGGAAUAACUUCGGAAAUUGUUUGUACUAUAUCUAGUUUGGAUAACAUUUAUAAUACGCCAUUUUUAAGAGCAUUUCCAUAUCCUAUGCCAAAUAAUUUGAAUUUUCAAAUUGAUAUCUAUUAUCUAUGUAUUUUUGUAUUAUUUCUUUAUAUACCAGGAAGCUUUUUACUUUACUCAACUGCUAUAAAAAAAAGUAGACAAGAAACCAAAAUAACAGAAAAAAAAUUGUGA